AUGAUUCCUCUGCAGAAGUCGGGCAGCGGUGGCUUUUCUGCAGCUGCGGCCUCAGGCUGGGGCCGGGUGGGCCAGGCGGGCGGAGGUCUGACCUCGCGGCGCUGACCGCCGGCCCCACCCCAGGCCCAGGGCUUGCUAACGGAGAUCCGCGUCGCUGUGCGCACAGACUCUUUCCAGGACAGCUACAGCCUGAGCUGGGCAGUAUCUGUAGAAAUCUUUCAUAUUUCUAUGAACAAAAAGAACUCUGAUCUGAACAAGGGUGCUAUUAGGGGGAAAUUUGCAGUAGUGAGGAAAUGUAUAAAUUCUGAUUCUGGAAAAGAAUUCGCAGCAAUUCAUGAAAUUGCUGCACUUGAACUAGCACAGGGCUGUCAUUGGGUCAUUAAUUUACAUGAUGUCUAUGAGACUCCAGAAAUUAUCUUAGUUCUGGAGUAUGCCGCUGGGGGUGAAAUCUUUGACAACUGUGCUGUAGACAGAGAAGAAGCCUUUAAAGAAAAAGAUGUUCAGAGACUCAUGAGGCAGAUUUUGGUAGGUGUUCACUUUUCACAUGUCCAUGAUGUAGUUCAUCUUGAUUUGAAGCCUCAGAAUAUUCUACUGACAAGUGAAUCUCCACUGAGUGACAAUAAGAUAGUUGAUUUUGGUCUUUCAAGAAUAAUGAAGAGCAAUGAAGAGCUCCUUGAAAUUAUGGGCACACCUGAAUAUGUGGCUCUUGAAAUUCUUAGUUAUGAGGCAACGGAUAUGUGGAGCAUUGGAGUGUUAACAUAUGUCAUGCUUACAGGAAUAUCACCUUUCUUAAGAGAUAAUAAACAAGAAACAGUCCUAAACAUUUCACUGGUGAAUUUAAGUUAUUCUGAGGAAGAAUUUGAUGUUGUGUCUGAGUCAGCUGUUGACUUCAUCAAGACACUUUUAGUUAAGAAACCUGAAGAUCAAGCCACCGCUGAAGAAUGUCUAAAACAUCCAUGGUUACAGAGCAGUAUUCAAGGUCUCCCUUUCAAGGUGAAAGGGCCAUUAGAUGAAGCAAAUGCCAUCUAAGAUGAUUUUGUGCCUGAAGUUAAUUCAGAUACUCGGCAACCAGAAAUCAAGGAAUUAGUUUUAACAGAGGAAUUAAUUACAGUUACUUCAUUUUCUUUAGGACAAUGCAGACAGUCUGAAAAAGAGAAAAUGGAGCAAAAGGCCAUUUCCAAAUGAUUUAAAUUUGAGGAACCUUUGCUACAAGAAAUUCCAGGAGAAUUUAUCUACUGA